CCUCAACUGCCAGUGUCAGAUCGCCACGUAUACAAAUACCGAUGUAAUCAGUGCAGCCUGGCUUUCAAGACCAUUGAGAAGCUGCAACUCCAUUCUCAAUACCACGUGAUCAGAGCUGCCACCAUGUGCUGUCUUUGUCAGCGCAGUUUCCGAACUUUUCAGGCUCUAAAAAAACAUCUCGAAACAAGUCACCUGGAGUUGAGUGAGGCUGACAUCCAGCAGCUGUAUGGUGGCCUCCUAGCCAAUGGGGAUCUCCUGGCAAUGGGAGACCCCACCCUGGCUGAGGACCACACCAUCAUUGUUGAAGAAGACAAGGAAGAAGAAAGUGACUUGGAAGAUAAACAGAGCCCAACGGGUAGUGACUCUGGGUCAGUACUAGAAGACUCAGGCUCAGAGCCAAAGAGAGCUUUACCAUUCAGAAAAGGCCCCAACUUCACUAUGGAGAAAUUCCUGGACCCUUCUCGUCCUUACAAGUGUACUGUCUGUAAAGAAUCUUUCACACAAAAGAACAUCCUUCUAGUGCACUACAAUUCUGUCUCCCACCUGCAUAAGUUAAAGAGAGCCCUCCAGGAAUCAGCAACUGGUCAGCCAGAACCCACCAGCAGCCCAGACAACAAACCUUUUAAGUGUAACACUUGUAAUGUGGCCUACAGCCAGAGCUCCACUUUGGAGAUCCACAUGAGGUCUGUGUUACAUCAAACCAAAGCCCGGGCAGCCAAGCUGGAGGCUGCAAGUGGCAGCAGCAAUGGCACUGGGAAUAGCAGUAGCAUGUCCCUGAGCUCCUCCACUCCAAGUCCUGUGAGUACCAGUGGCAGUAACACCUUUACAACUACCAACCCCAGCAGUGUCGGCAUUGCUCCAAGCUCCAGCUUACUGAGUCAAGUGCCCACUGAAAGUGUGGGGAUGCCGCCCUUGGGGAAUCCCAUUGGUGCCAACAUCUCUUCCCCUUCAGAGCCCAAGGAGGCCAAUCGGAAGAAGCUGGCAGAUAUGAUUGCAUCCAGGCAGCAGCAGCAGCAGCAGCAGCAGCAGCAGCAGCAGCAGCAACAACAACAACAACAACAACAACAAGCACAGACACUGGCUCAGGCCCAGGCUCAAGUUCAAGCUCACUUGCAGCAGGAGCUCCAGCAGCAGGCAGCUCUAAUCCAGUCUCAGCUGUUCAACCCCACCCUCCUUCCUCAUUUCCCCAUGACGACUGAGACCCUGUUGCAGCUUCAGCAGCAGCAGCAGCAUCUCCUUUUCCCUUUCUACAUCCCCAGUGCUGAGUUCCAGCUCAACCCCGAGGUGAGCCUGCCAGUGACCAGUGGGGCACUGACGCUGACAGGGACAGGCCCAGGUCUGCUGGAAGAUCUGAAGGCGCAGGUUCAGAUCCCACAGCAGAGCCACCAGCAGAUCCUGCAGCAGCAGCAGCAGCAACAGCAGCAGCAGCAACAAAACCAGCUUUCUCUGUCGCAGGGUCACUCUGUGCUCCUACAGCCAAGCCAGCACCUUGAAAAGAAAAACAAGUUGGUCAUUAAGGAAAAGGAAAAGGAAAGCCAGAGAGACGGCGCUGAAGGAGGAGACAGCAACAUGGGACCAAAGGAACCAAUGCCAGAUACCUUGAAGGCCAAAGAGAAGAAAGAGUUAGCACCAGGGGCUAGUUCUGAGGCUUCCAUGCUUCCUCCACGCAUCGCCUCGGAUGCCAGAGGGAAUGCCACCAAGGCCUUGCUGGAGAACUUUGGCUUUGAAUUGGUCAUUCAGUACAACGAGAACAAGCAGAAGGUACAGAAGAAGAAUGGGAAGACAGAGCAGGGAGAGAAUCUGGAAAAGCUGGAGUGUGACUCCUGUGGCAAGCUGUUUUCCAACAUCUUGAUUUUAAAGAGUCAUCAAGAGCACGUUCAUCAAAACUACUUCCCGUUUAAACAGCUGGAAAAGUUUGCCAAACAGUACAGAGAGCAUUAUGAUAAACUAUAUCCCCUGAGGCCACAGACCCCAGAGCCGCCGCCGCCUCCCCCUCCACCCCCUCCACCACCCCUUCCUGCAGCACCACCUCAGCCAGCUUCCACGCCAGCCAUCCCUGCAUCAGCCCCACCCAUCACCUCGCCCACCAUCGCUCCGGCCCAGCCAUCUGUCCCACUUACCCAGCUCUCCAUGCCCAUGGAGCUGCCCAUCUUCUCACCACUGAUGAUGCAGACUAUGCCACUGCAGACCUUGCCAGCCCAGCUGCCCCCUCAGCUCGGACCUGUGGAGCCUCUGCCUGCAGACCUGGCCCAGCUGUACCAGCAUCAGCUCAACCCCAGCCUACUCCAGCAGCAAAAUAAGAGGCCUCGCACAAGGAUCACGGACGACCAGCUCCGAGUUUUGCGGCAAUAUUUUGACAUCAACAACUCCCCCAGUGAAGAGCAGAUCAAGGAGAUGGCUGACAAGUCUGGGUUGCCCCAGAAAGUGAUCAAGCACUGGUUCAGAAACACACUCUUCAAAGAGCGGCAGCGUAACAAGGACUCCCCUUACAACUUCAGCAAUCCUCCCAUCACCAGCCUAGAGGAGCUGAAGAUCGACUCCCGGCCCCCUUCACCGGAACCCCAGAAACAAGAGUACUGGGGAAGCAAGAGGUCUUCAAGAACAAGGUUUACUGACUACCAGCUGAGGGUCUUACAGGAUUUCUUUGAUGCCAAUGCUUACCCAAAGGAUGAUGAAUUCGAGCAACUCUCUAAUUUACUGAAUCUCCCAACACGAGUCAUAGUGGUAUGGUUUCAAAAUGCCCGACAGAAGGCCAGGAAAAAUUAUGAGAAUCAGGGAGAGGGCAAAGAUGGAGAGCGACGUGAGCUUACCAAUGACAGGUAUAUUCGAACAAGCAACUUGAAUUACCAGUGUAAAAAAUGUAGCCUGGUGUUUCAGCGUAUCUUUGAUCUCAUCAAGCAUCAGAAGAAGCUGUGUUACAAGGAUGAGGAUGAGGAGGGCCAGGAUGACAGCCAAAAUGAGGACUCCAUGGAUGCCAUGGAAAUCCUGACACCCACCAGUUCAUCCUGCAGCACCCCAAUGCCCUCACAGGCCUACAGCACCCCUGCACCAUCAGCUAACACAGCUUCCUCUGCAUUCUUGCAACUUACAGCGGAGGCUGAUGAACUGGCCACCUUUGGUUCCAAAACCGAGGUGACUGAUGAGAAACCAAAGCAGGCUGAACCCCCCAGUGCACAGCCAAACCAAACCCUAGAAAAGCAAGGUCAGCCAAAGGUGGAGCUGCAGCAGCAAGACCAGCCUGAGCAGAAGACAAAUGCAGCCCAGCAAAAGCUCCCACAGCUGACGUCGCCCCCCUCAUUACCACAGCCUCCUCCACAAGCACCGCCCCCCCAGUGUCCCUUACCCCAGUCAAGUCCUAGUCCUUCUCAACUCUCCCACCUGCCCCUCAAGCCCCUUCACACAUCAACGCCUCAACAAUUGGCAAACCUACCUCCUCAGCUAAUCCCCUACCAGUGUGACCAGUGCAAAUUGGCAUUUCCUUCCUUUGAGCACUGGCAGGAGCAUCAGCAGCUUCACUUCCUGAGUGCACAGAAUCAGUUCAUCCACCCCCAGUUUUUGGACAGGUCGCUGGAUAUGCCUUUCAUGCUGUUUGACCCUAGUAACCCACUCCUGGCCAGCCAGCUGCUCUCUGGGGCCAUACCUCAGAUUCCAGCAAGUUCUGCCACGUCUCCUUCAACUCCAACCUCCACAAUGAACACUCUGAAGAGGAAGCUGGAGGAGAAAGCCAGUGCAAGCCCCGGUGAAAAUGACAGUGGGACGGGAGGAGAAGAACCUCAGAGAGACAAACGUUUGAGGACAACGAUUACACCAGAACAGCUAGAGAUUCUCUACCAAAAGUAUCUUCUAGACUCUAAUCCAACUCGGAAGAUGUUGGAUCACAUCGCGCAUGAGGUGGGCUUGAAGAAACGUGUGGUACAAGUCUGGUUUCAGAACACCCGAGCCCGGGAAAGAAAAGGACAGUUUCGGGCCGUGGGCCCUGCCCAGGCUCACAGGAGAUGUCCUUUUUGCAGAGCUCUCUUUAAAGCCAAGACUGCCCUUGAGGCUCAUAUACGGUCCCGCCAUUGGCACGAAGCCAAGAGAGCUGGCUACAACCUAACCCUGUCUGCAAUGCUCUUAGACUGCGAUGGGGGACUCCAGAUGAAAGGGGAUAUUUUUGAUGGAACUAGUUUUUCCCACCUCCCCCCGAGCAGUAGUGAUGGUCAAGGUGUUCCCCUCUCACCUGUGAGUAAAACCAUGGAGUUGUCUCCCAGGACCCUUCUUAGCCCUUCUUCCAUCAAGGUUGAAGGGAUUGAAGACUUUGAAAGCCCCUCCAUGUCCUCAGUUAAUCUCAGCUUUGACCAGACUAAGUUGGACAAUGAUGACUGCUCCUCUGUCAACACCGCAAUCACAGACACCACCACUGGAGAUGAGGGCAACGCAGACAACGACAGUGCGACAGGAAUAGCAACUGAAACCAAAUCCUCUUCUGUGCCCAAUGAAGGGCUGACCAAAGCAGCCAUGAUGGCCAUGUCUGAAUAUGAAGAUCGGUUAUCAUCUGGUUUGGUCAGCCCAGCACCAAGUUUUUACAGCAAGGAGUAUGAUAAUGAAGGUACAGUGGACUACAGUGAAACCUCAAGCCUUGCAGACCCCUGUUCCCCGAGUCCCGGUGCCAGUGGGUCAGCGGGCAAAUCUGGAGACAGUGGGGAUCGGCCUGGGCAGAAACGUUUUCGCACUCAAAUGACCAAUCUGCAGCUGAAAGUCCUCAAGUCAUGCUUUAAUGACUACAGGACACCCACCAUGCUAGAGUGUGAGGUCCUGGGCAAUGACAUUGGACUGCCAAAGAGAGUUGUUCAGGUCUGGUUCCAGAAUGCCCGAGCAAAAGAAAAGAAGUCCAAGUUAAGCAUGGCCAAGCAUUUUGGUAUAAACCAAACAAGUUACGAGGGACCCAAAACAGAGUGCACUUUGUGUGGCAUCAAGUACAGCGCUCGGCUGUCUGUACGUGACCAUAUUUUUUCCCAACAGCAUAUCUCCAAAGUUAAAGACACCAUUGGAAGCCAGUUGGACAAGGAGAAAGAAUACUUCGACCCAGCCACUGUACGUCAGUUGAUGGCUCAACAAGAGUUGGACCGGAUUAAAAAGGCCAAUGAGGUCCUUGGACUGGCAGCUCAGCAACAAGGGAUGUUUGAUAAUGCCCCACUUCAGGCUCUCAACCUCCCCACAGCAUAUCCAGCGCUCCAGGGCAUUCCCCCCGUGUUGCUCCCUGGCCUCAACAGUCCCUCCCUGCCAGGUUUUACUCCAUCCAAUACAGCUUUAACGUCUCCCAAACCGAACUUGAUGGGUCUGCCCGGCACAACAGUUCCUUCCCCUGGCCUCCCCACAUCUGGAUUACCAAAUAAACCAUCCUCAGCAUCGCUGAGCUCCCCGACCCCAGCACAAGCCACCAUGGUAAUGGCCCCUCAGCAACCCCCCCAGCCCCAGCAGCAGCAGCAGCAGCCACAGGUGCAGCCUCCUCUCCAAACAGCCCAGCCGCCACCCACAGCGCAGCAGCUUCAGUCACAACAGCAGCCACGCAAAGAUAAAGACAGUGAGAAGAUAAAGGAGAAGGAAAAGGCACACAAAGGGAAAGGGGAACCCCUCCCUGUCCCCAAAAAGGAGAAAGGAGAGGCCCCUGCAACCGCCACAGCUACCAUCUCAGCCCCGCUGCCGGCCAUGGAGUACGCAGUGGACCCUGCACAGCUACAGGCCCUGCAGGCAGCCUUGACUUCCGAUCCCACAGCGUUGCUCACGAGCCAGUUCCUUCCUUAUUUCGUACCAGGCUUCUCUCCCUAUUAUGCCCCCCAGAUCCCUGGAGCCCUGCAGAGCGGGUACCUGCAGCCUAUGUAUGGCAUGGAAGGCCUGUUCCCCUACAGCCCUGCACUGUCGCAGGCCCUGAUGGGGCUGUCCCCAGGCUCCCUACUGCAGCAGUACCAGCAAUACCAGCAGAGUCUGCAGGAGGCGAUCCAGCAGCAGCAGCAGCGGCAACUACAGCAGCAGCAACAACAGCAGCAGCAGCAAAAAGUGCAGCAGCAGCAGCAGCAGCAGCAGCCCAAAGCAAGCCAAACCCCAGUCCCCCAGGGGGCUGCUUCCCCAGAAAAAGACCCUGCCAAAGAAUCCCCCAAACCAGAAGAGCAGAAAAACACACCCCGUGGUGAGGUGUUGUCCCCCCUCCUGCCGAACCCCCCCGAAGAGCCAGAAGCAGAAAGCAAAAGCGCGGACUCCCUCUACGACCCCUUCAUUGUUCCAAAGGUGCAGUACAAGUUGGUCUGCCGCAAGUGCCAGGCGGGCUUCGGCGACGAGGAGGCGGCGAGGAGCCACCUGAAGUCCCUCUGCUUCUUCGGCCAGUCUGUGGCGAACCUGCAAGAGAUGGUGCUUCGAGUCCCCGCGGGCGGCGCUGGCGGCGGCGGCAGCGGCGGCGGCGGAAGUGGCGGCGGCGGCGGCGGCAGCGGCGGCUCGUACCACUGCCUGGCGUGCGAGAGCGCGCUGUGUGGGGAGGAAGCUCUGAGUCAACAUCUGGAGUCGGCCUUGCACAAACACAGAACAAUCACGAGAGCAGCAAGAAACGCCAAAGAGCACCCUAGUUUAUUACCUCACUCUGCCUGCUUCCCCGACCCUAGCACCGCAUCUACCUCGCAGUCUGCCGCUCACUCAAACGACAGCCCCCCUACCCCCCCGCCGGCCCCCGCGCCCCCCGCGCCCCCUGCCCCCAGGAAGGCAUGGCCGCCAGUGCUCUCCCGGGCCUCGGCCGCGAAGCCCGCUUCUUUUCCUCCUCUCUCCUCAUCUUCAACGGUUACCUCAAGUUCAUGCAGCACCUCAGGGGUUCAGCCCUCGAUGCCAACAGACGACUAUUCGGAGGAGUCUGACACGGAUCUCAGCCAAAAGUCCGAAGGACCGGCGAGCCCGGUGGAGGGUCCCAAAGACCCCAGCUGCCCCAAGGACAGUGGUCUGACCAGUGUAGGAACGGACACCUUCAGAUUGUAAGCUUUGAAGAUGAACAAUACAAACAAAUGAAUUUAAAAAAAAUUAAUAACAAACCAAUUUCAAAAAAAAAAUAGACUAACUGCAAUUCCAAAGCUUCUAACCAAAAAAAAAGAAACAAAAAAACAAAAAAACAAAAACAAAACAAAACAAAAAAAAAGGAAAAAAAAGCGUGGGUUGUUUUCCCAUAUACCUAUCUAUGCCGGUGAUUUUACAUUCUUGUCUUUUCUUUUUUUCUUUUAGUAUUAAAAAAACAAAACAAAACAAAAAAAAAGGAACAAAAAAAAAAAAGGAAAAAAAAAGAAGAAAAAGAAAACCCCUUAACCCUGUUACAUUGUGUCCUUUUGAAGGUACUAUUGGUCUGGGAAACAGAAGUCCGCAGGGCCUCCUUAAUGUCUUUGGAGCUUAAACCCCUUGUAUAUUUGCCCCUUUUCAAUAAAUGCCCCACGUUGAUAGCACAGAGGAGCCCGGCAUGCACUGUAUGGGAAAGCAGUCCACCUUGUUACAGUUUUAAAUUUCUUGCUAUCUUAGCAUUUCAGAUACCAAUGGCUUGCUAAAAGAAAAAAAAAAAAAAGAAAUGUAAUGUCUUUUUAUUCUCAGGUCAAUCGCUCACACUUUGUUCUGUUUUCAGAAGCAUUGUUUUAUAUAUAUAUUAUUUUUUCAAUUUUCUUUUUUGUUCCCGAAAAGAAUUUUCUGUUUUGUUAAUUUAAAAAUGGGCAGAAAGUAUUCAAGAAAAACAAUGUGAACUGCUUUAGCUUUCUGGGGAUUUUAAAGAUAGCUUUUCUGCUGAAGCCAAUUUCAAGGGAAAAAAGUUAAGCACUCCCACUUUCAGAAAAAAGAAAAAAAAAAAACCCACAUAAAGAGUGUUGAGGACUUGUAGCUUAAAAACAUACGUUUUAAAAACUGACUUUCUGUAUUUAUGAUAGAUAUGACCAUUUUUGGUGUUGAGUAGAUUGUUGCAUUGGAAAUGAACUGAAGCAGUAUGGUAGAUUUAAAAAGGAAAAAAAUAAAACCUUUUGUGUACAUUUAGCUUUUUGUAUGGUCCAGCUGACAGCUCCUCAUUUGAUGUUGUCUUGUUCAUUCCUAGCAGAUAGAUUGCAAUCCCUUGAUUCGCCUAAGCUUUUCUCCCCUUUGUCCCUUAACUCCUCUUUCUGGGUCCUCUCCCAUGUCCUGUUACCCUGUAAUCUCCCACUUAAGGUAACUGCCUUCAUUUCUUUAGAGGGUAGCUGCAGAAUUAUUUUCUAAAACUAAAAGAAUUUCAAAGGGUUCUAGGGGUUAUUAGGAUCCUCACAGAUUAUUUUUUGGUUGGGGAGUUGAAAUUUUUUAAAGGUAUAUAAGUCUAGUUACCAAUGUCAGUUAGCCUUCUGCAUUUAUUUUAUUUUACUUUAUUUUUUAAUUUAUCCUCCCUCUGAACUUUCUUUUCACUCUUUCUUUUCCUUCUAGUUUGGUAGAUGCUUCUAAUACUCUUUUCCUAAACUAAGAGAAUUUGUUUCAAUUUGUGUAAUUGGACUAUGUGCUUCUUUUCUAAAAAAAAGUUUUUGGUUAGGGAUUUGGUUUGUUGUUUUGUUUUCUCUCUCAGAAAAAGAAAUUUCAUGCUUUAAAUAAAAUCCAAAGACACACCCUUUCACUGCUGAUGCAGGAAAAAAAAAGGGAAAGGGUUCUUGUUACUUGAGAAUUUGUUUCUGAUUUAAACAAACAAGACUUAGUUUAAUAAAAGAAAUGAUAAAAAACAGAAGAUUCCCAGGUUAAGUGCUUCUUCUGCAAGAGGCAACUGUUAAUGACAAUUCCAUAUACCAAAAGACACAUUUUUUUACUUCAAAGUUUUGUCCUUGUGUUAGGCAGUCUGAGCAGCGAGUGAUCCAGAGUGCAGCCAACAGAGAAGCAGAUAGCAUUGUACAGAGAGAUAGAGAGAGAAAAAAAGGAACCGUAUGUGAGACACUCGUGUUUACAUUAAUAUCCAUAUUCCUGUAACACAACACACACCCUUUCUAAUCUUUAAAAAAAAAAUGGUUUUAACUUUGAAAAGAAAACUUUGUGCUGCUAAAACUAGAUUUAUGGAGGAAAAUUAGAUACUUUGCUGUUUCACCUUCGUAGUCAAACAUCAACAGAAACAAUCUCCCAUUGCCCCCAAAGUGUGAAAUCCUUUCCCCCCUUCAUCCACUUCUUUAUGUUUCAAAAGGGAACUUUGAAGACUGUGAAUACAGGUUCCGUCUGGUCACCUUUUGGGCUUCUUUCCCCAGUGCUGAAGCCAUUCAUCGACUUUGCAAAAAGACUGGAGCAUUCCAACACCUGAAAAUGGAUUUUUUUUUUCUUUUUCUUCUUUUUUUUCUUCCUUUUUUAGCCGGGACUAUUUUGUUUUAUAUGAAUUUGUUUUUAGUUUAACAAAAGAGUAGAUCCUGAACUGUUGUACAUAUUUCUAACUAGGCUGAUGCACAGUGCAAAUUCCUUUUUAAAUUGUUUUUUAAGUAGAAAUACUAAAAAAAAAAAAAAAAAGUACCAUCUAACUAUUCAUUACCAGUAUCCAGUUGUAGCGUAAGGUGUCAAAAACAAGUAUGCAGAACAUUUGCUGUUUUAACAAGCUAUUUUCUUUUAACAAGAAUUCUUGUAUUUCUCCCUGUGUUUGAGAUGAACAUUUUUAAAUUUUAAAGUUGUACAGUUUUUGUUUUCCAUUAUUUUAUCUUGUUUGUAACUCUAUGAAAUAUAUAUAUAUAUUUUUUGUCAUUUAACUGUUGUAUGUUACUGUGUCUGUAUCAUAUAGAAAAAAAAAGUUUUUGUUUUUAGUUCUCUUUGUGAUACCAAUUAACAACUUAACACUAGCUUUACCUGUCAAAUUCUGCUAGGCCUUUUCUGUAAACUUUGUUUUUAAAGAUGAUAUUGCUUGGUAAUAGUGCAAUUUCCAUCCUUUUCCCCUCCACCCCUCUACUUUAAGAUCAUUACCUUGUCAUCUUGCUACUCCCUGCCCCAAUGGUUUUUAAUUUUCGUUACUUUCUUUGAGCUACUAUACCAUCCUCCCUCUGUGAGGCAGAGUGACUGUCAGUGUUUGUUUUGUUAUGCCAUGCCUUGGCCUGUGGGUGUGUUUGGCAGCAGCAAGGUGCUUGGGUAGAUUGGCAAAGUAUGCUUCCACCCACUCGUGUUCCUCAGAGGGGUUAUGUGAUUGUUUCAACCUGGAGUGGGUUGCAUACUUAAUGCUUUCCUCUACAACUAUACCGCCCACUUAUAUGUUCAUUCAAACAAAGGAAAAAAAGUAAUUCUCAGCCUUCACCCAGACGUAGCAAAGCAGUCAGUGAUGAUGAGUAUUAGAGAACAGACAUGAGUAAAGUUAGGUGUUUGUGGACUAACCUCCACCAUGGCUAUGACUAGAAUCAUUUACAAAGCAUGGAUUCACUUAUGACACUCAGCUGUUUAGACUGGUCUCUCAGAGAAUGCACUCUUGUCUGCUGCAUAUUAAGUAACUGAGUAAAAUAUCUCACCUCACUUUCUAAAUUACUCCUUCACUUCCAUUGACACAUUUUUCUUUGGAAUUUUUUUUUUUUCCUUUCAAAUACUCUACAGUGUGGGCUUAUGCUAGACACCAUUCAGUCAUAGCAUCAGAUGGAUCCACAGAAUGGGAGUUAUUUCAUCCAUUCUUCCAAAAAGAAAUGUAAGGGAACACACAGAGGAAAGUUUAAUAAAUCUAAGAAGUUUUUUAAAAAUUAAAAUCUAUUUAAGGAAAUGAAUGUGGCCAAAGUUUUACACAAUUGAAAAUAAAGUAAAACAGACGGCAUGUGUUGAAACCUGAGUUUAUCAGGCAUGGCAGGAAGUUGCAGGAGAGAUAGGCAGUGACCCAAGCCAGUGCACUUGAUAUUCAUGGACAUAUAUUUUUUUUAAAUAAUAAAUUAAAUUAAAACAUUUUAAAUAGAAGCAUAAAUUGAGUUGGUUGUUGGCGCUGAGAUACUGCCCACUGUGAAACAAAGCUUUGACUAGUUUUUUUGUUUGUUUACUUUCCUGAGGGGGGAGGGGGGCAAGUUUGGGUAGGAAAGAAAGCAUAAAUGAACGUGACCCUGAGAUGAAGAGGUAUAUGAACAGCCUUUGCAAUGUACAAAAACAAAACAAAACAAAACAAAAAAUACAAAAAAAAAAAAAAUAGAGCAAGUGAAACCAAAAAUGAUGUUCUUGGUGUUUUUCUAUAAUGUAGUCUUGUUAGCUUUUUGUUACUGUAACAAUGCUGAUCUCGAACUGUACCAAAAUACAUGGAGACUAACAAAACCACAUCGAACUUUCAAACUGAAAAAAAAAAAAUUGUCACAAAACUUUGUUGUCAUAGUUAAGUUGAUUGUAGAUGGUAAUUGAAUAUACUCCUUUGAAAAUAUUUCAUCAAGUAUGUUUCCUGCUCAUUGUGAUACAUUAAAAAAUAUGAGCAAAA